CUGGGACUUCUCUGUUGCGCAUGUGCACGAUCUCAGCCUGAUGGGAGUUGUAGUUUUGAAGGUGAAGCUCGGCGUUGCUAUCAGGAAACCAAACUGCUUGCUUCGGGAGUUGUUAGCUGUCCCCGCCCCGCUCUCCUCUGCAGAGAACGCCAGAGGGAGGCGGCUGGCCCAACGUCGGGCUCUCAGAACCGCAACCCGUGAUGCUACUGCUAUGGGUGUCGGUGGUCGCAGCCUCGGCGCUGGGGGCACCGGCCCCCGGAGCAGGGGAGCAGGGGCGUGGAGCAGCCAAAGCCCCCAACGUGGUACUGGUCGUGAGCGACUCCUUUGAUGGAAGGUUAACAUUUCAUCCAGGAAGUCAGGUAGUGAAACUUCCUUUUAUCAACUUUAUGAAGGCACGUGGGACUUCCUUUCUGAAUGCCUACACAAACUCUCCAAUCUGUUGCCCAUCACGCGCAGCAAUGUGGAGUGGUCUCUUCACUCACUUAACAGAAUCUUGGAAUAAUUUUAAGGGUCUAGAUUCAAAUUAUACAACAUGGAUGGAUGUCAUGGAAAGGCAUGGCUACCGAACACAGAAAUUUGGGAAACUAGACUAUACUUCAGGACAUCACUCCAUCAGUAAUCGUGUAGAAGCAUGGACAAGAGAUGUUGCUUUCUUACUCAGACAAGAAGGCAGGCCCAUGGUUAAUCUUAUCCCUAAUAGGACUAAAGUGAGAGUGAUGGAAAAGGAUUGGGAGAAUACAGACAAAGCAAUGAAUUGGUUAAGAAAAGAAGCAAUUAAUUACACUGAACCAUUUGUUCUUUACUUGGGAUUAAAUUUGCCACACGCUUACCCUUCACCAUCUUUUGGAGAAAACUUUGGAUCUUCAACAUUUCACACAUCUCUUUAUUGGCUUGAAAAAGUGUCUCAUGAUGACAUCAAAAUCCCAAAGUGGUCGCCUUUGUCAGAAAUGCACCCUGUAGAUUAUUACUCUUCUUAUACAAAAAACUGCACUGGAAGAUUUACAGAAAAAGAAAUAAAAAAUAUUAGAGCAUUUUACUAUGCUAUGUGUGCUGAGACAGAUGCCAUGCUUGGUGAAAUUAUUUUGGCCCUUCGUCAGUUAGAUCUUCUUCAGAAAACUAUUGUCAUAUACUCCUCAGACCAUGGAGAGCUGGCCAUGGAACAUCGGCAGUUUUAUAAAAUGAGCAUGUAUGAAGCUAGUGCGCAUGUUCCACUUUUGAUGAUGGGACCAGGAAUUAAAGCCAACCUACAAGUAUCAAAUGUCAUUUCUCUUGUGGAUAUUUACCCUACCAUGCUUGAUAUUGCUGGAAUUCCUCUGCCUCAGAACCUGAGUGGAUACUCAUUGUUGCCAUUAUCAUCAGAAACAUUUAUGAAUGAACAUGAAGUCAAAAACCUACAUCCACCCUGGAUUCUGAGUGAAUUCCAUGGGUGUAAUGUGAAUGCUUCCACUUACAUGCUUCGAACUAACCACUGGAAGUAUAUAGCCUACUCAGAUGGCACUUCAGUAUUGCCUCAACUCUUUGAUCUUUCCUCAGAUCCAGAUGAAUUAACAAACGUUGCUGUAAAAUUUCCAGAAAUUACUUAUUCUUUGGAUCAGAAGCUUCGUUCCAUUAUAAACUACCCUAAAGUUUCUGCCUCUGUCCACCAGUAUAAUAAAGAGCAGUUUAUCAAGUGGAAACAAAGUAUAGGACAGAAUUAUUCAAAAGUUAUAGCAAAUCUUAGGUGGCAUCAGGAUUGGCAGAAAGAACCAAGAAAGUAUGAAAAUGCAGUCGACCAGUGGCUUAAAACCCAUGCGAAUCUAAGAGCAGUUUGAACAAAAAGUUUAAAAAUAAUGUUCUAGAGCUACAUAUAAAUAUAGUAAUUAUGUAUUUUAAAUGUAACAAUUUUGGUACCAAUUUUUUAUUACUUUAAAGAAUGUAGUAUAUUUUAAUACAAAAUGCCAAUGAUUAUAAAAUUACAUAUUUUCAAAAAUGAUUAUUAUUAUUAUUAUUUUGAGACGGAGUCUCACUCUUGUUACCCAGGCUGGAGUGCAGUGGCACGAUCUCAGCUCACCACAACCUCCACCUCCUGGGUUCAAGCAAUUCUUCUGCCUCAGCCUCCUGAGUAGCUGGGAUUACAGGCACGCGCCACCAUGCCCAGCUAAUUUUUUGUAAUUUUUGUAGAGACGGGGUUUCACCAUGUUGGCCAGGAUGGUCUCCAUCUCUUGACCUCGGGAUCCACCCGCCUCAGCCUCCCAAGGUGCUGGGAUUACAGGCAUGAGCCACCGCACCCGGCCGUCAAAAAUGAUUAUUAUGUAGACCUUUGUACAACUUCUAACAAUUUAGUGAGAGUAUCAAAAAGAUUGAAGCAAAUACUGUAAAAGUUCUGUUUCUUUAAAUAAUAGAGAAUAUAAAAUAUUUUAAUAAUAGUAAUAUGAAUCAUAAAAUAGUUGUGCGGUGAGCAUCUGAUGGUGCUUGACAAGUUAUUUAUAUUGGAUGGGAUAGUUUGGAUGUAUUUGAUGGAAAUAUUUGGGGUAUUUAACAGGACAUAAACUCUGGAUGUACCUGAUUUUAUGACUUUUUUUUUUAAUAGGUAAUAUAUAAGCAGGGUAAAGCUUCAAAUGGUACAAAAGGGUUAACAGUGAGCAUGAAGACUCUGUCCUGUUCCUCUUCCCUGACAUGCAGUUCCCCCUCCAAGAAGCAAGUGCUGAAACCACUUGCUUAUGCAUUAUUUUAGAGAUUGGCCACAAAUUUAUAAAAAAGUGUAUAUAUUCCUUUCCCCCUUCACAAAUGGUAACAUACUGUGCACAUUGUUCUGCAUGUUGCUUCUUUUUCCUUUUUUUCCCACUUACCCGUAGAUACCCAGAGGUGAAAUUACUGAGUCAAGACUAUUUUUAGCAAAAUUACACUAGAUACUACAAACUACCUCUAAAGAAGGUAUACCAACUGGUAAUCUCACCAUCAAUGCAUGUCUUCUUAUCCUUUUCCAACCUAAUUGAUGAAAAUAUUCUAUUUUUAUUUUUCUUGUGAGUAAGGUAGAUCGUAUUUUCAUGUAUUUAACAGCCAUUGGAAUCUGCUUUGCCAUGACCUUUCCUAUUUCUAUUCUUUGCCUAUUUUUCUGUUGGUUGUUGGUCUUUCUUUUGUAUUACAGGCAUGGUUUAGGUAUUAGCUCUUUGUAAGAGAUUCUGCAAAUAUUUUCUUUCCAGUUUGUCAUAGUCAUUUGUCUUUGGACUUUGUUCUGAUAUUUUUUGAUAUAUAGAAACUCUAUUUUUAUGUAAACAUUUACAAAUCUUUGUACCCCAUAAAUAUAUACAAUUAUGAUUAGUCAUUUUUAAAAUAAUGUUAAUAAAAAUUUGUAAAUCUUU